UCCCUAUUUACUGCUUAUUCUUCUUUGGCAUACAAAACCUCCAUUUUUCUUCUAGAACCUUCCCUUUCGAUUCACUAGCCUAAAACAUCCUCCUCCGACGUUGCCGGAAAAUGAGUCGCUAUGAUAGCCGUCCGGCGGACCCUGGCUCUUACCGCGACCGUCGCAGUGACUCGGGCUUCAGUGGGGGCUCGAGUUAUAGAUCAUCGUCAUCGAGCAGGAAAGAUUACGAGGGUAGGGAUUCGCCACGGAAGGUUGAUUUGGAUGGAUUGACUCCAUUCGAGAAGAAUUUCUAUGUUGAAUCACCGUCCAUCGCGGCAAUGACUGAAAGUGAGGUGGAAGAAUAUAGACGACGCCGGGAGAUCACUGUUGAGGGCCGUGACGUGCCUAAGCCUGUAAAGUCCUUUCAUGACGUAGGAUUUCCAGAUUAUGUCAUCCAAGAAAUUGAAAAGGCUGGCUUCACUGAACCUACACCUAUUCAAGCUCAAGGCUGGCCUAUGGCCUUGAAGGGCCGUGAUCUCAUUGGUAUAGCAGAAACAGGGUCUGGGAAGACACUUGCUUAUCUGUUGCCCGCAGUUGUGCACGUUAAUGCCCAGCCAUUUUUAGCUCCCGGAGAUGGUCCUAUUGUCUUAGUAUUAGCUCCAACUCGUGAACUAGCUGUUCAGAUUCAACAAGAAGCCACUAAAUUUGGUGCAUCAUCACGGAUUAAGAAUACCUGCAUUUAUGGUGGGGUUCCAAAGGGGCCCCAAGUUCGUGAUCUUCAGAAAGGUGUUGAAAUUGUUAUUGCCACACCUGGAAGGUUGAUUGAUAUGCUAGAAUCUAAUAAUACAAAUUUGCGAAGGGUGACAUAUCUCGUGCUGGACGAGGCUGACCGCAUGCUAGACAUGGGUUUUGAACCUCAAAUCCGCAAAAUUGUUUCUCAGAUACGUCCAGAUCGUCAAACGUUGUAUUGGAGUGCCACAUGGCCCAAGGAAGUUGAGCAGCUUGCAAGGCAGUUCCUUUUCAACUCAUAUAAAGUGGUUAUUGGUUCAGCUGACCUGAAAGCUAACCAUGCUAUUUGCCAGCAUGUGGAAAUUGUCUCGGAGAGCCAGAAGUAUAACAAAUUAGUAAAGUUGCUGGAAGAUAUUAUGGAUGGUAGUCGGAUUUUAAUUUUCAUGGAUACCAAAAAGGGGUGUGACCAAGUAACUCGGCAGCUCCGGAUGGAUGGUUGGCCUGCACUUUCUAUUCAUGGUGAUAAGAGUCAAGCAGAAAGAGAUUGGGUCCUUUCAGAAUUCAAAGCUGGAAAGUCUCCUAUAAUGACAGCUACAGAUGUUGCUGCUCGAGGUCUAGAUGUGAAGGAUGUAAAAUUUGUAAUCAACUAUGAUUUUCCUGGAUCGCUGGAGGACUAUGUUCAUCGCAUUGGUAGAACGGGAAGGGCUGGUGCAUCAGGGACAGCAUACACCUACUUUACCGCUGCGAAUGCUAGGUUCGCGAAGGACCUUAUUAACAUUCUUGAGGAGGCUGGACAGAAGGUCAGUCCUGAACUGGCAAAAAUGGGACGCGGUGCUCCUCCCCCUCCAGGUCUUGGGGGUUUUCGAGACCGUGGAAGGGGUUAUGGAGGCAAUAGGCAAUGGAGCUAAAAUAGAUUGGGUAUCAUCGAAGGCAAAUCAUGCAAAUAUUGCAUUUCCUUUCAAAGCCAGUAAUUUUGGCCAGCUGAUGGAAAGCUACUCAUCUUCUAGCAAAAACCAGGGCCAUAUUUAUCUUGCAUGUAUAAUAUGUUUGAAUUAUGUCAGUAGAAGGUGAAAAAUUUAACAAUCGUUAUUUGAUAUUGUUUCCUUUUCUUGUAACUGACAAAUUUCUCUUAAAUACAUGAAUGGUCGGUGCACGCAUUGAUUCA